AUGAACGAAGAGGAAGAAUUACUAAGAGUUAUGCAAAUGGUAGCAGGCACAGUUCUUCCUAUGGUCAUGAAAACUGCUAUAGAACUUGAUCUUUUUGAAAUCAUGGUCAAACUUACUAACCAUGGGCAUUGUGGUCAAUUCACUUCAUCAGAUAUCGUUUCGUGUCUUCCUACACAAAACCCACAAACCCCAAUCAUAAUCGAAAGAAUACUUCGGUAUCUUGCUACCAAAUCGAUUCUUACAUCUAAAUUCUGCACUGAUGAAAACGGAGUCACUAAGAAAUUAUAUGCCAUGACACCGAUAUGCAAGUAUUUUGUUAGCAAUGAAGAAGGGGCUUCUUUUGCUAACUUCUUUCUAUUCCAAAAUGACAAAGUUGUCAUUGAUUCUUGGCAUCACUUAAAGGAUGCAGUGCUUGAAGGAGGAACCCCAUUCAACAAGGCCCAUGGGGAGAAUAUAUUCGAAUACCAAGCAAAAGACAAAAGAUUUGGUAAACUUUUCGACAAGGCUAUGUUUGGAAACACUGUUAUACUCAUGAAAAUGGUUCUUGAAAAGUACAAGGGAUUCUCAGGGGUGGAAAAACUAGUGGAUGUGGGUGGUGGUUUAGGAGCAACACUUGGGAUUAUUCUUUCCAAAUACCCUAACAUUAAAGGCAUCAACUUUGAUAUGCCCCAUGUCAUCAAAGAUGCACCUCUAAUUUGUCCAGCUAUUGAAAACUGUUGGAUGGCGUUGCCAGAGGAUGGUAAGGUGGUGGUGUUAGAAACUGUUGUCCCAGAUGAACAACCAACAAAUAAUAAUGGUGAAACUGAUGUUGUUAUGUCUAAUCUUGAUGGUGAUAUGGUGAUGUUGGCUAUAAACCCUGGUGGGAAAGAGAGGACUGCUAAAGAAUACGAGGCAUUGGCUACAGAAUCGGGAUUUGUUUCUUCAAAAAUUGUUUGCAGAGUUAGUUUCUAUUCGAUUAUGGAAUUCUACAAGAAGAUUUAG